CUUUCUUUUUCCUCCUUUUUCUCUCUUCCACUCUCUUCUCUUCUAUGAUGAACAAACAAACAAGUACAAUAAUUCCCAUCUAACAUUUGAUUUUCUUAAAUGUUCUUACAAUGUAUCGCAGGACGCUGACUAUAAACUGGGAUGGUAUUGGAGAAGACGAUGACGAUGAUCACUUCUUCGAGUCCCACGACCGCCUUUCCACGGUCGUUCCCCAAGACUUGGCGUCCUCGGGAUCAGAUGAUGAGGUCGAGUUUGAGGAUAGUAGACGUUCCUUCUCGGCCUCAGUUUCUAUCAAGAAUAAUACCUUCCCAGGCCUUGAGAUGGGGACAACAACGAAAACAAAAACAGUAUCCAUCUCCAAUCCACCUCCUCCUAUUGUCAUGGAAGAUUACGGCAUGUGGAUGGCUGAACCAGGAGAUGUUAAAGAGCGUAGAAAACGCUUACUCCAGGGAAUGGGAUUGACAAGUAGUAAGGAACUCCUAAAGCUAACAAGUGCGAAAGUUGUGAGAGCCAUUUCAAGAAAAGUUGAUACAUGUCCAGAUGAUUCCAUACCUAAAGAUGAAAUUACUUCUUCCAAGGAAGAGAUAAUUAAACAAGAGCAUGAGCCAGAGGCUUCGCAUUCGCCACCAAUUUUACUGCUCAGGUCGAGAUCAGACGGUGACAUAGAGUUUUUCUCUGUAAAUACCAAGAAAAGGAAAGAACAGUUACUCGGAGAUGUUUCUAAACAACGUCUUACCAGGACAUUUUCAGGAGUUUUGGGACCAGCUACAAGAAUAUGCCAGUAUACGAAUUCUACUGCUGUAGUGGUGCAGCCUAAAAAGGGAACAUGCAAAUCUACAUCACCACAAAAUGGAGAUGAAACACCAUCAUCCACAUUGCCAAAUGGAAAUGCUGAUUCGGGAUUUGCUUCGUUUUUCCUGAUAAAAAAUCUGGACACUGGAAAUGAAUUCAUUGUUAAAGAGUCCAAUGAAGAGGGAAUGUGGAAUAAGCUCAGUGAUCUACAAACAGGGAAGCAACUUUCCAUGGAGGAAUUUGAGAAAUCUGUGGGAUACUCACCUGUUGUUAAGGAACUAAUGCGCCGUGCAAAUGUUUCAACAAAUGAUGGAAGAAAACUUAACGUAAACGCGUAUCUCAGCAAGAGUUUCAGAUAUAGCAAGAAAACAGGAGUUGCUCUCUUGAAGAACAUAAAAGGAGUUGCAAAUAGUAUGAGCAUGUCAAAAGUUGAUAAAGACAUUGAGAUACCUGCACUAGUGGAACAGAAACAGAAACAGAAUUCCUCCCAAUGGAUUAAAGCGCGGCAGCAAGGAAAGAUUCACAAAGAAUUCACAGCUUUGCAAUUGUGUCAGGAAAUUCAAGCUCAUGAAGGCUCCAUAUGGACCAUAAGAUUCACCGCAGAUGGUCGGUAUCUAGCAACUGCAGGGGAAGACAGGGUAAUUCAUGUAUGGGAAGUGCAAGAAUGUGAUGUUAUGUCUACAAAACAAUCUGAUGAUCCGAAUUCAGUUAGUGACACACCAACGGCUGGUAGUAAUUCGGAUCGUCCACCUCUGCCAGUGAUGACUAAUAUGCAAUCAGAGAAAAGGAAAAAGGGAAAGACUUCUAAUAAGAAGAAGGGAAAUUCACUUCCAGAGUAUGUAAAUGUACCUGAAAUUGUAUUUGCUCUCUCAGAAAAACCAGUAUGCACUUUCAGUGGUCAUCAAGAUGAUGUCCUGGACCUGUCUUGGUCAAGUUCUCAGCAACUCCUUUCAUCCUCAAUGGACAAGACAGUCAGGCUAUGGGAUAUCGAGACUCAGAGCUGCUUAAAAAUGUUUGCACAUAAUGAUUAUGUGACCUGCAUACACUUCAAUCCAGUAGAUGACGACCACUUUAUCAGCGGUUCACUGGAUGGAAAAGUUCGAAUUUGGAAUAUAUCUGAUCGGAAAGUUGUGGACUGGACAGAUCUUCAUGAAAUGGUUACUGCUACUUGCUACUCUCCUGAUGGCGAGGGUGCUUUAAUUGGAUCACAUAAAGGGAGCUGCCGCUUGUACAGUACCUCUGAAUGCAAGCUGGAACAAAAGGACAGCUUUGAACUCGAACCCAAAAAGAAGUCCCCAGCCAAAAAAGUCACUGGUUUUCAGUUUGCUCCAGGGAAUCCAGCAGAAGUGCUUAUAACUUCAGCUGAUUCGCGUGUCAGAAUUUUUGAUGGAUCAGAAAUGACCCAUAAAUUUAAAGGUUUCCGGAAUACAAGCAGCCAAAUUUCAGCUACAUUUAGUCAAGAUGGAAAGUAUAUCGUUAGCGCAAGUGAAGACUCUCAGGUGUAUAUCUGGAAGAGAGAAGAACCUAAAAGUGCAACCGGUAAAACUAAAAGUGUAGUAAAUGUUCAAUCGCACGAGCACUUCCCAUGUAAAGAUGUUUCAGUUGCCAUCGUGUGGCCUGGCAGUAUAAAGAAUCAGCCACCACUUGCAGAUCAGAUACAUUCAAGAAGGGAUUCAAAAUGUUCCCCACCACCUCCACUUCCCAUCAGUGGUUCUCCCACGGGGGAAGACAACUCGGCUGGUGCAAAUAGCAAGAGGAAUUUACCGCCUCUGCCAGCCAAGAAAAACAGUGCAGUGGAGAAAAUUCAAACUUGUCAAGAUGAGGACUCAACUCAAGAAUCUCCAACAGAUCCUGGAGUUGGUGCUAGUGAAUCGUUUUCAUCGAGUGCUCCAUCGAUCAGAGAUGGCGACUCACCUUCUAUGUCUUCUUCCAGCAGGUUUGAUGGUAGCAACAACCAAGGAAAUAACAUUAUCCAGUCCACAGCAUGGGGCAUGGUAAUCGUGACAGCAAGCUCGGGAGGGGAAAUCAGAGUCUAUCAAAACUUCGGGAUGCCAUUGAAAGCUAGUCGACCGAACAAUCUCUUUUGACACUUAAAUAAACAACUUUGUGAAUUGAGAAAAAAAUGCUGCCUACAUUAAUCCCAUUUCUAGGCAUGCAAUUUUAUUCUUCAUGUGUUAAGAAGUAGAGUCAAGCACAAGCUGAGUAUGUCUUACGCUUCCAAACACCUAUGAUGUCAAACAGGAGAUUUUGGUACCAUUUUAGAUUAGAAACCAAAUUAGUCACAGUUUUGUUCAAUGUUACAAGAAAUUAAGCAUUUUUGGCUCGUGAACUUGCUUUGUGUAAGGCUCUGUUGUCUUUCAUAAGUGUCAGCACAUCAGCUGCUAUAUAAAAUCAAUAGUUGGAUACAUGAGAUUUUAACACAUUUACUUACAAAUUUUUA